AUGUGUGAUGAUCUAUUAAAUACUGGAAAUGAAGAUGUUUCAACUUCAUAUUAUAAUAAUCCUCAAUUAGUAUGUAUUGAAAGAACCAUUCAAAAAUUGGAAAAUAGUAUUAAUUGGGAUGACUAUGAUUCUCCAAAUGAAGAUCUCACUAGUGAAAUUGAAAAAGCAUCAAAAGCUUUUAGAUCAGAUAAUAGUGUUCAAAAAACAUUAUUUAUAUCAAAAUUAAAACAUCUUUCUGCUGAGGAUCCAGAGUUAUUUGUUUCAAUAUUACUACCUGCUCUUCAGGAUUUGUUGGAUAAAGAUUUUAAUCGUGAUAUACAUGAAAGUAUAGCAUUAUCAUUAUCCUCAAUAGUACAAGAUGAAUUUGCCAUCUCACCAGAUAUUUUAAUAUCACCAAUAUGUAAAUUUCUUUUAGACAAUUCUAUUCCAUCAAGAGAUAAUGCACAAGUUAGAUUAAUGAUUGAAGAAUUUUUAAAAUGUAUGCCUAAAACUAAUGAAAUUUUUAUCGAUAAUUAUGUUCUACCAUUUAUUCUUAAGUAUAGUAAACCAAAUGAAAAAAUUUUUAGGCGUAUGAUAUGUGCUAGAAUAUUUAAUCAAAUUAAAAUUGAACACUGUUGUUCUAGUAAUCUUCCAAGUGAAAAAAUUCAAUCAGUUAUAUUGCAAUUGUGUCAAGAUAGUAAUCAGAAUGUUAGACAAGAAAUGGCUGCUAAUAUACAACAAGUAGCUGAAUGCUAUUCACAUGAUGGGUUUAAAGAAAAUGAUUGGGAAAUAAUUUUAAAAUUAUUUAAAGAUGAAAUUGUUGAUAUUAAAUGUGCGGCAUUAAGACAAUUUUAUAUUAUAAAACCAUUAUUAAAAAAGAAUCAAUUAAUGUCAUGUUAUGAACCAUUAAUAAAAAGAGCUGUAAAUGAAUCAUUAUUAACAAAAGAUGAUACAUUAAUGGUUGUGGCUGAUCAAAUUGGUGUAUGGUUUGGAAUGUUUGAAAGUGUUAUGAAUGAAAAAGAAGCUAAAUGGUUUUAUAAUGCUUUUCAAAAUUUAUUUUCAAUGGCAAUGAAAAAGGCAUCUGGUAAAGUAAUAGAAGAUGGUGAAGAAUUACCAAAAGAUCAAAAAAUGUUACAACUUGUUAUAAAAAAUUAUCCAUAUUUUUUUACAUAUUGUUAUGAAAUGGAUGGUGGUGUAUCAAUUGAAAAUAAUUUAGAUAAAGUUAUUGGACUUGCUGAUUCAUCUACUGCUAAAAUAAUAGGAUCAUUUAUAUUUUUAUUAUAUAAUAAUAAAUCAAAUACAAAUUUGAUUUAUAAAAUAUGUAUGCAAUUACUACAAAAACGUUACAAAUCAUCAGUUGUUGCUGAUUUAUUUAAUCCACCAUAUAAUAUGUGGAGAAAAUUAUAUGAAGAAUCUAUUGCUGAUGAUGAAGAAAAAAUUAAAAAAUUUUGGGAUGCUAUUUCAUAUACAAUGGAAGAAUUUGGUAAAUCAUUUCAACAUAGAAAUCCAGUAAAUUUAUUAAGACAUAUAGAUGAAAUUAUAUCACCACAUAUCAAAGAACAAUAUAUUAGUAUUAUAUUAAAAUCAUUAAAAAAUAUGAUUAUAAAUGGUAAUGGUCUUCCUGUAAAACAAAAAGCUGGUGAAACAUUAAUAAAAACUUUAGGUGUUACAAGAUCUAUUGAAGAAAGAGAUAAUGUUGUAUCAUUUUUAAAAAUAAAUUUGAUAUCACAUAAAAAUUUUUAUAGAAGACGUUUAGCAAUGUAUAUUUUGCCAUGUAUUUUACAUUAUUUUAGUAUUCAAUUUAUUGACAAAUAUUUUUUGAAAGAUUAUUUAGAAUUAGCAAAAGAUGAUGUUGAAAUUAUUAAACAUUUAUUAGCACAAUCAUUUUUGUCAAUGAAAAGGUACUUAUCACUUCCGAGUCAUGAACUAGUAUUACAAGCGAUUGAAGGAGCGCAAAGAAAGAUGUUAGAAAGUGAAAUAAAAGAUGAAUUAAAAGAAGAUUUUAUGAAUUUAGCACUUAAGUUGUCUAGAGCUGAAAGUUGUGAAUCGGAUGUUAAAGAAAAAGAAAAAUUAGAGAGAGAAAAAUUACUAUGGAAAGAAGAAAAUAAUUAUGAGAGUAAUAAAAUGAAUGUUGAUUCAGUUAUUAUAGUAUCAAAUGACAACGAAAAAAUUAAAAAAACUUGGAAUACAAAAGAAAUUACUAAAAGUAAUAAACAGAGAGGUCGUUGUAUUAUAACUGUUACUGAUCAUAAAAUAGCAAAAGAAAAAGCAUCUGCAAGUGAAUUUAAACAAUCACGUCUUCCAAUACCAAUAUGUAGAUCAAGUUCAUAUGGAGCAGUUAUAUUAAAAAGUAAAGAAUCACUAUCACUACAAGAUAAAAAAAUGAAAUAUGAUUUUAAAGAUAUUAAAACACCAAAAGAAUUAAUUUAUUCUCAUAAUGUUAAACAUCUAACAGUAGAAAAUAUUAAACCACGUUCAUUUAGUAGUGAACCAAAAAAUAAUGAUAAAAAAUAUAAAACCGCAAAAAUAGUAGUAAAAAAUGCUAAUACAGGUAUUAAAAAAGAAAAUUCAACAAAUCAUAUUAAUCAAGAUUCUGGAUAUGAUGAAGAUACAUCAAUUGCAUCAAAUUCUUUUGAUGAUGCAAUAACAUUAACUUUUGGAUUACAUAAAGUUAGCAGUUGUAGUGAAAUUGCAAAAAAACCUUCACAAUGUAUGCUUAAAAUAAAGCAAACAUCAUCAUAA